UCGAUUUUACGAUCAACAGCAAAAAAAAUCAAGAUGGAAUCAUCAUCAUCCACAUCUUUAUUAUUAUUGUUUAUCGAUAAUCGUUGUUCGUUAUAUAGAUUAUUUGUUGUGAUUCUUGCCACCAUGAUGAUAUUAUCAUCAUUAAUAAUGGUAAUAGUAGAUGGUCAAUUAAGGCCACCACCACCACCACCACCAACAACAACUACAACAAAACCAAAACUUUCACCACAACCACAUCAAAUCACAAUAAGACGUGCUGGUAAUUUUCCAAUACCACCACCAAUAGGAAGUUUACGUGGACGUGGAUCAUUUCUAUUACCAUCAUCAUCAUCAUCAUCAUCAUCAAUGAUAUCAACUCGAUUUCUUGAAAUUAUUGAACGUUUUCUAACAGCUUCAGCAACAAAAACAACAACAACAACUACUACGACGACAACAACUACGACAACGACAACAACAACAACAACAACACCGAAACCAAUGAUUCAAACAUCAUCUAAAUUAAUAUUACCACCAUCACGACCGCCAACAACAACAGCAGCAACAGCAGCGAAACUGGUAAUCAAUAAUGAUCGAAUGUGUAAACAAUCAGAUAUGGAUCUAUGUAGUCAACGAAUGUUAAUGAUAACCGAUAGAAAUUUUCAUUAUCCAGUUACAAUGGCCGAAAUGGAUAAACGUUGCAAAGAAUUGAAACCAAUCGAAAAAUGUAUACACCAUUAUUCUGAACGUUGUUUUGAAUCCAAUAUACAGCAGAAAUCAUUUUCAUUGAUCAUUUAUGGUGUAACGAAAACUAAUCGUGCAUUAUGUCGCAAUAAUCGUCGUCGUCGUGCAUUCGUUGAAUUCAGUAAACAAUGUGCAAAUCGUUUACAGCGGACAUUGAUCACAUAUGUUGAAGAUAUGUAUAAGGCAAUGUUUGCCAUAUUAAAAUAUCCGAUAAGAAAAUUACGUAUACCAUUAAGUUGUUGCAACUACUAUAGAUUUAAAAAUCGAGCUUUAACCAUGUAUCAGGAACAAUGUCCAUCACAUUUACAACAAAUGGAUCGUUUAUUAAGCGGAUUUACAAAAGAUUCAUUUACAUUUAUUUGCGGUAGAUAUCAAGAAAAUUCUGAUCGUUGCCAUAGAAUUAUGGAUAAAUUACCAUCAUCGAAUAAUAUGACAACAUUGUUGAUGUUAAUCAACAACAAUAAUAAUAACAAAAAUGCGGCAUUAAAAUUAUCAACUGAAUCAUUUAUUACCACAUAUAUUAACAUGAUUCAUAGUAUUGGUUCUUGAUUAAACAAAAA